UUGGCUUUUCUCUCUUCGCUUCUCUGGGUCUCAAUUUCGAGCGCUUUUUCCCGAGCUUUUUGUUGCUAUCUUACACAUUUCUAAUUUGCAAAGCUGGCGUCGACACGAAGAGUAAUGCCAAAGGCGUCGUUGGCCCAGAAGAAAGACUUUGUCGCCAAGGCGCUCUGUCCGCGGCUGCUUGUCUGCUCGUCAUCCGCUCUGGACAAUUUGCUGCAUGUAAACAAUUUCGACACGUUUGCGGAGCUCCUAGCGCCGUUCGGACAGGACGUGUCUGCGCAAAUAACGGUGCAGGACGGGCAGGGUGCACCGUACUUUCUCGACAAGAUAAACGUAAAGUUUAUCACAGACUUUAGCAUCCAGAAGCCACAUGCAGUGGGUGGGCCCGAGGUGGACGAGAUGGUUAUCAGCAGCGUGCUGGACAACAUCGACAAGCAAAUGCCUGAGUUUCUGACAGAAACAGGGAUUGACAUGGAGGCGGUGAAGAGCGAGGAGCCGAUAGGAUGGGCACCCUGGUACACGCUGUUUCGGCAGCAAUGGGUCAAUGACAUGCAGGCGUCGGAGCACGAGUCGUUCAUGCACCCGGUGGCAUGCCUCUUGGUUGCGUCCUCGACGGACACCGACCCUGUGUGGACGCUGAAGGAGUUGCAGAAUAGCGCCGAGGUUAUGCGGGUGCGUGAGAACAGCUUCAGCGGAAAUUCCGUCAUGUUCUACUACAUGCUGGUGCAUGAUGAGCGCGACACAGGCGCAAUGGCCACGGUCGACUACAAAUUCGAUCUGCUGCGCAAGGCACUCGGCCAAAACUGUGCAUUGCUGCGACUUAACUCGAAUACUAACUUGAUCGGCGAUGAUUCAGAGCAGAGCAAGGUCUCGAAUGUGUGGAGAGGCAAUCUGGCGGCUACGUAUCCGACGUCACCGCUGCCUGACAAACAGUACGGGCAGAUGAUGACGAUGCGGGACGUGGCAGCGCUCAAGGACUGCGUCAAGCAGGUCAUGGUGCGCAGCGUGGUGCCACACAUGCAGUACAUGAUUCGGCUGCUCAGCGACCAGACUGCCAACCAGCGGCGUGGCAUAACUGGACGGCUGUUCUCGGCGGGCCGUCGGUACUUUGGCACGACCACACGCAACAUCAACACGUUUGUGGGCGUGGACGGCGAUGUGUGCUUCAAGUACGACUCUCCAGAAGCCAUGAUGCGCAAACUAGCAGACUACUCGUUCAUGCUCAAGGACUUCCGGUUCGCGCAGUCGGUUUAUCAGGUAGCUAGGCGCGAUUUCCAGUCUGAAAAGGCGUGGAAGUGCUAUGCUGGCGCGCAGGAAAUGGUCGGGCUAUGCAAGCUGAUGUGGGAAGUGCAGGCGGCACGGUCCGAGUUUGAUACAAACUUUGACGAUGCUAUAUCGAUGUACAUGCACAAGACUCACCAGCCGCAGGUGUAUCUGGCCAUGCGAUGUGUGAUCAUGUACUAUGAGAUGCUGAAGCAUCACAAGAUGUAUGCAUAUGCCCCGCAAGCACUGGCCAGGGCGCCAGCGUCGCUGCCAUCGCUGUACGCGGUGAUGAAUGAGCAGGCGGCAUACGCGUUCAUGAAGAUGGCGCCUCAGCCCGAGAUGCGCAAGUUCUCGUUCUACGCAAUGAUUGCUGGUCAGGCAUACCAAAAAGCAGGGAUGGGCGAGCUCGCCCACCGGUGCUUCCGCAUGGUGCGCUUGACACUGAGUGCCAGACGACCUCUACCGCGCCAUGACGACGAUGACGAGGAGGAGCCUUCUGAGCAGCCUGCAAAAUCCAGCUCGCUGGCCCGAUCCAACUGGGCGGCGAUUGAUGCGUUCGUUAACCACGAGCUGGGGCGGCAGAGCGUGGCGGCACAGAGCUACGACGAAGCAUUCCAGUACUUUUUGGCGCUCAUGGGCAAUGAUCGUGUGCCGCCGCCGCUACAGUCAAAGUACCUGCAAGAGCUGCUGCAGCUGUUUCUGGAGAGCGGUGACCAGUCGACGGCUCACGAUAACAUUGAGCUGCCGCUGCCAGUGAUUGACCCGCGGAUGGCUCGCAUAAUCAUGUCGCCCGAGCUCGAGGGCGAGGACGGCGUGUGGGAGUGGCGGUUUGACGGGACAAUGCCACAGAUAGUCGAUGGUGGCAAGCGGUGCUGUUCGGUGGGCGAAUCGGUGGCAGUGCUGCUGAUGGUGUCGAAUCCGCUGACGAUUGGCGUGACGCUGAACAACUUUACGUUGGACUGCCGAUUCUCUGGAGACGACAGUGGCGACGGCAGCACGGCAGCAUUUGACGUAUCGACUGUCGGAUCGGUUGCACUGGAAGGCGGCCAGAUGGCUAUGGUCACAGUCAACAUCGUCGUGCACCGGCCUGGUAAGCUAACGAUUGAGGGUGCCAAGUACCUACUAUGCGAUAUCCUGCCGUCGUUCAAGUCGCUGAAGCUGCCUGGCCGCCGCCUCAACGAUACCAAAGAGCAGCGGUCUAGUAUUGCUUACGCGCCUGACACUGCGCUUGAGUUCACUAUUGACCCGCAUCUGCCGUGCCUCAGCAUUUCGCUGGAGGAUCUGCCUGACACGCUGAUGAGCGGAUCGAUGCACCUCUCAAAGGUGCGCAUCGAGAACACUGGCGACCAGGCGUGCCAAGGGAUCUUGCUGUGGCAAUCGCACCCAUCGUUCUUUGAUAUCCGGUCGCCAAUGCUGGACUCUGACGGUGCUUCAGUGCCCGACAUGUACCCGACUAAAGAAACGAGCGAACCCGUGGAACAUAAGACAGUGAGUAACACUCUCCGCGACAGCUCAACACUGGCGCUAGUCGGAGCCAACAGUGGCUCAGACGGGUACUUUUUGCCGCCAACUUCGCUCGACCCUGGCCACAGCUUCACAGUGCCGAUCUGGGUGCGCGGGGAUCGCGUCGGUGCCCAUACACUAACGCUGUUUAUUGGUGCCAGCAACGACCUAAUUCCCGAACCGCCGGUAACGUUGGUCUGCAACCGCACCAAUGCCUCGCACACAUUGCGGUCGCGUCGCUACGACCUGGAUCUGGUAGUGACACCCUCGCUGCGCAUCAACGCGUUCGUCCGCGCCAGCGCACGUGCACCCAGCGAGCGGCUGCUGGGCGUCGAGAUCGAGAAUCUGCAGAGUGACGUGGCAAUGCACAUCUCGCAGACAACCUGUGUCAGCGGGCACUACCAGCUUGAGCCGCUAGCCAAGAGCACCGAGACUGCGAUCGGGCCGCAGCAGACUCUGAGUCUAAUGUACAGGGCCAGGCCAGUAAGGGAUGUGUCAGAGCACAGGCCCGAGAGUUUCGCCCUUGGCGCAUUGCAACAGUUCAUCUACUCGGCAGAAAAGCCAGAAAAGGAACCCGUGCCGAUCGCGCUGACGUACAGCACAGACAAGAUGGGCGACACGCAAAUCGACUGCACAGAGUCGCCGCUACAUAGCUAUAUGCAGCGCACACGCGCACACUGGCGCCGCACCAUGCUCAGAUCAGAGUUCCCGCUGAUUGGCGCCCGGUACCUACCAGCGAUCUUCCCGCUCUACGGGUCCUUCUCGAUCGACUUUGCAUUGUUCUGGCACACUCCGGACAAGUCGCACCGCGGGCACCAUUCAGUGACGGGCAUUGAUCUGGGUAUGCCGCAGGACUACCUCAAGGAGGCCCUGGUGCCGCCAGCGCAGGGCAUAGCGAGGACGCUGCUGGCUGAGUCGAUGCAGGAGCGCAGCGCGCUGGUGCAGAGUAUUGCAGCGCGUCCGAUGCGCCGGAGCGAGAGGCCGCUGGACGUAGGGUUCACUGUCGGCGAGAUUCAGCAGACCGGCGACCUGCGCACGGCCAAGGUGCAGAUCCGCAUCCGCAACCACUCGUGGCGGUUCCAGUACCGGCUCUCGCUGGAGCUGAUCUCGCCAAUCGACCUGGACGAGUAUGUGUCGGCAGACGUCCGGCUUGACUACACUGGCUCGCGCUCGGCGUGGGCGUGGGUAGGCACGACACAGUUUGACCGAACCAUCGACAAGCACGGCGAGAUCCAGAUUGAUGCCGAGUUUGCGUGCAGCAUGCCAGGGGCAAUUGACAUUGCCAUCUGGCAGCUGGAGGCGGAGGCGGUGGAUGCGGCUGCGGACACUCAGUUCGCGUCGCAGGACACUCGGUGCGUGGUGCAGCCGACGCAGCCGUUUUUUGUCCUUGUUUAGAAGCAGCACAAUACAGAUUUUAUUAUUGGAAUUCAAGAUCUCCUGUCCAGCCAAUAGACCGGAUGCCUCGAAGCUCAGGGCGCAGCGGUGUGACGCUGAUGGCGCA